UAUCUUCUUCUACUUCCUUUCUGAGCUUCUAUCUUUCUGCUGGUUUUCAGCAACCCUCAGAUUAUUCUUCCCCAGCUGCUCUUGUUCAGCUUCAUCUUGAGCUCCUGAUGACAGUCAGCUCAUUUAAACGUGCAUGAAAGUUUUGACCCAAACUCCACCUGCAGACCUGAACCUGGUUCCUACACGGCUUCCUUCCCAGGUCCAAGGCUGAGUCUGUGGGCCUCCUCAGUGUGUGAGACAGACGUAUCAUCCUUCUUAUAAUCUCUUUAUCCCUGUCAGGGUGACAGAGGAGACUCCCUGCAGGAAACACUCCACUCCUCUCUACUCGCUCCCUCCAUCUCUCAUCUUUCCUUCGGUUUCCUCCUAUUUUCUCCUCUCUGAAGGACUUUCAGAUCCAGCUUUGUUUAUGGGACUGUGCAUGAGGAGUGACCCCUCUGUUUCCAUGGUGAUGUGUCUGGAGGGCAGACAGGGGAUCUAGGCCACAUAACCCAGGAUUAGCAGCAGAGGAACCAUAGCACCAUGGCUAAAGUAGCACCACUGAUCCCUCGCCAUACACCGGGGUUAAAUCCACCCACCAUCGUGCUACAAGACAUGGAGGAGGAGCCAGGUGACAUCACAAAAGGGGUCAGAAGUACCCAAAGAGCUGGACCAGGAGCUCUGUUCAACUUCAAUAACAGUAACAACAACGAGGAAGAGGAGGAGGAGGAGAAGAAGAGGAAGAAGAAAGAGAAGAAAGAGAAAAAAGAGAAGAGAGAGAAGGAAAAACAAGAGAAAAGGGAGAGGAAGGAGCAGAAACAGAAGGAGAAAGAAGAGAAGGAAAAGGAGAAACAGAAAGAAAAAGAAAAGCUAGAAAAAGAGAAGAGGGCCAAGGAGGAAGCUGCCAAAGAGAUCACAGUGAUCGAUCCGGCUGGGAACACCUACUACCACUGGCUCUUCAUCAUCACCAUCCCUGUCAUGUACAACUGGACCCUGAUUAUAGCCAGGGCGUGUUUUGAGGAGCUGCAGACCGACUAUCUCAUUAUGUGGUUCAUCGUGGACUUUAUCUGUGAUGUCAUCUAUGUUUUGGACAUGGUUUUCAGAAGCAGGACAGGUUACCUGGAGCAGGGUUUGCUGGUGAAAGAUGAGCAGAAACUACGUGAGCGCUACACGAAAACCUUCCAGUUCAAACUGGAUCUGGUUUCCAUGAUUCCCACCGACAUCCUGUACCUCAUUCUUGGUACCACUUUCCCUGAGAUCCGCCUCAACAAGCUGUUACGGUUCAACAGGAUGAUGGAGUUCUUCCAGCGGACUGAGACCAGAACAAAUUACCCCAAUGCUCUGCGUAUCUCCAACCUUGUGAUGUACAUCCUCAUCAUCAUCCACUGGAAUGCCUGCCUCUACUACUCCUUCUCCAAGGCGAUUGGUUUUGGUUCUGACAGGUUUGUGUAUCCCGACCCGUCAGAUCCAGAAUUUGGUCGUCUGGUGAGGAAGUAUGCCUACAGUAUGUACUGGUCCACGCUAACACUCACCACCAUUGGAGAAACACCUCCACCUGUGGAGAACUCAGAGUACUUCUUCGUUGUGACGGACUUCCUGGUGGGUGUGUUGAUUUUUGCCACCAUCGUCGGUAAUGUCGGCUCAAUGAUCACCAACAUGAACGCUGCCAGAGCCGACUUCCAGGCCCGGAUUGAUGCCAUCAAACAGUACAUGAGCUUCCGAAAGGUAACUAAAGACCUGGAGAAGCGAGUGAUUAAGUGGUUUGACUUCCUGUGGACCAACAAGAAAGCUGUAGAUGAGAGGGAGGUUCUAAAGUACCUUCCGGACAAACUGAGAGCUGAGAUAGCCAUCAACGUGCACCUGGACACCCUGAAGAAGGUCCGGAUCUUCGCGGACUGCGAGGCUGGUCUGUUGGUGGAGUUGGUGCUGAAGCUGCAGCCGCAGGUCUUCAGUCCAGGAGACUACAUCUGCAAGAAGGGUGAUAUUGGCAGAGAGAUGUACAUCAUCAAGGAGGGAAAGCUGGCUGUGGUUGCUGAUGAUGGCGUCACGCAGUUUGUUGUUCUCAGUGAAGGAAGUUACUUCGGGGAGAUCAGCAUCCUGGCCAUCAAAGGUAGUAAGGCAGGAAACAGGAGGACUGCUAACAUCAGGAGCAUCGGGUACUCGGACCUCUUCUGUCUUUCCAAAGAUGACCUGAUGGAGGCGCUGACAGAGUAUCCUGAUGCCAAAGCCCUGCUGGAGGAGAAGGGAAGGCAGAUUCUGAUGAAGGAUGGACUGCUGGAUCUGGAGCUGGCCGCACAGGGCCCAGACCCCAAGGAGAUCGAGGUGAAGGUGGACCGGAUGAUGAGCAAUCUGGACACACUGCAGACCCAGUACGCCCGGCUCCUGGCGGAGCACGAAGCCACUCACAGCAAGCUCAAACACAGAGUUACCCGACUGGAGAAGAAGCUGGCACCGACACCACGGGAAGACCUGCCUGGUGCUGCUCCGCCCCCUCCAACACCUGAGACCACCAAAGAAGAAGAAAAGAAAUAAGAAGAUGAAGGAGGACUGAGGAGUUUCAGUUUUAGUUUGAGGCAACCAGACAGAAAAACUUCAAGAAGAUGAGAACUGAAAUACAAUCAUUAACUCAGCACGAUUUACAUUAAAAGUUUAAAAACCUAAAGAAACAAACAUUUGAUUUUAUAUCUUUAGAUUUAACUUCAUCUGAGUUAAUGAGCACACAGUAUUGAUAACCUGCUGUUGGGGCGAUUGCUGAGGAGUGCUGGAAACAAACUCAAGUCCUGUGGGAAAGAGACCCUGACUUAGGUUCAUGGAUCACCGAAGGACAGCUGCAGUCCAGAGGAACAGGUUUCACAUGUAUCUAGUCUUUUUAAAGCUGUUGUUUUAUGUUACAUCUGUGGAAUAAUAAAUGGGCUGCAUGCCUUCCUGAACAUAGAUGAGAAUCUUCAUACUGAGACCUGAUUGCUAGUCAGUCUGAGGUUUAAUGUAGAAAACACUGACUGUCUUACUGCCUAGAAGCCCUCAAACAUUAUUUACCCAUUUUCUCCACACUUGCUUUAGUUUUCUGUUUACUGACUGCAAACCAGAAGUACUGGCAGAAAGGGACCACUUAAUGUAUGUGGAUUUAGAACCAGUACUUCUGUGCUUUAACGGAUGCUUUUAAAAGAUGUUCAACAAAACAUGUGGAUCAAAAUGAUGGCGACACUGGGCUGAAAUAAAUAUGUUUUCUAAGGAAAAUAAAACCUGGAUCCUUUAAUUUCACAUCCUGGUAAAAAAUUCUAGAGCAACAGAAAAAUUACAAGCUUGACGAUUAAUAUCUGCAUUCAUGACCUCCACUUUCAGAGAUUGGGUCGUGGGGGUAACAGGUUCAGAAAAGAAACCCAAACAUCUGUCUCAACAUCACCACCCUCUGCUUCAUUCUGAAGGCUAAAACGGUCAUGUAGUCCAUCUAACUGGUUAUGGGGUUGUCCCCAUGAUCUCCUCCCAGUGGGACAGGUCCGGAGAACAUUCAAAGGGAGGAUCACCGGAAGCCUCCUGGUCAGAUGCAACUCAACUGACUUCUUUUGAUGCAAAGGAUGACUGGCACUACUUGAAGUUCCCCCAAGGCAACUGACCUUCUUACUGUUGCUACUCACUGGGUGAAGCUUGUUUCAGAUGCCUUAAUCCAGAAUCUUGUUCUUUCACACAUGAUCCAUGUCUCGUUCCUGUAAAUUAGGGUCAGGAGACAGAAAUUAUGGAAAAUAAAGACCUCCAAGCCAAGCUUUCUUCUUUAUACUUGACUGGCCUCUGUCCCUGUGUUCCUCUUCACUGUCCAUCUCACUGUCUUUCAUGAACAGGACACCAAGAUACUUGAACUCCUAAGACAGAGACGGACCCUGAGCCAGACGGAACAGUCUACAUUUGGCCUCAGAUUUAGAGGAGCUGCUUCACACUCGGCCCUGAGCUGUGGCAGCACACGCUGAGGUUCAUGGCCUGAAAAUGCCAGCAGAACCACAACAUCCGUAAAAAGCAAAGAGGAAACCCUGAGGUCCCAAAACCCCAAAGCCUGCUAAUGACUACGCCUUAAGAUCCCAUCUGUGAACACCUUCAACUGGAUCGGUAACAUGGGCCAGCCCUGAUAGAGUCCAACCCAAUCUGAGAACAUAGAGAAAAGGUUCCUGUUUCGUUUAACAAAGACCAGAUGACCCUCAAGAAUGUCCCUGACACCCAACACUCCCCAAAGUCUGGAGUCCCUUCUCCUGAUCUAUAAAACACAUGCAGACAAAAUAACUGUAAUCCCAUGACCCCCUCAGCCACCAAAGUAACGAUCCGGUCCAAUUCCCCAAAGUCAGCACAAAAAUUACAUUGAAUCCUCCUGAAAAUGAGGACUGACAAUCAACCAAGGCCUCCCUUCUAACACAACUUAGAGUAAGUUUUUACCAAGAAGGCUCUGAGGUGCAAUCCUUCAAUAGUUGGUCUCCUUUCCGAAAGAUUGGGACCCCGUGGCGGUUUCUGAUGCGAGCUGAUACGAUCUUCAAAGACUGUGCGUGCUAUGGAUAACUGAUGCAAAACAGGUGCAGACCGCCCUAUUUAAAUGAGGAAAUUGUGUCUGCUGCUGGCUGGAACAAGAGGGAAAGUGAACAGAUCCUCUGCUUUGUUGCUAGAAAAAUGAAGGGAUUGUUACGCUAGCGUAAUGUUUUUGUUCUGAUCCGUUCUGCUCCUGCUUUUCUGAACUGUUACAGUUUGUUAACCUUUUUCGUCGCUAAUCACUGCAGCAGGUUUGUCAUCUCAGCUUCUGCCCUGAAGAGAUUAUUUCUCCUAUCUGUUCUUUUGCGCACAGCGCCUCAUGACUGCGCAUGAAGAAGACUGAGUUUGAAUUUGUCCUGCGAGCAGAUGCUUUGUGUUUGUGGUCCCGACGGACCCAGUGAGGCAAAGACUACAUCCUGCUUCACUUUGAAUUAAAACAUUGGAUUACAGGUUAUUGAGCAGGAGGUCGGGGCUGUGUGCAGAGUAGCGGACGCCCUCCGCCAUCGGUGCGCACACGGGGCAGCUGGUCUAGGCUUCGUUUGAAGAGUUCAGAGUUUAUCAUAAACUGCCACAAUAUUUAAGCCUGAAUGUAAUAUUUGCAACAUAAAAAUAGUUUGUUGUCAGAGUUGGCAAUCUGUAUAUUAUAGCUUUGCUAAGUUUUAAACAUCACGUCAUAACUGUCCUGCAAAGAAUUUGAAUCAAACAUUUAUGUACGUAAAA